AUGGCUGUAAGUCCCAUCUCGGCCGUUUCGUUCAUCUUAAUCCUCUCCUUUGUCAUCAAUGUGAAAUCAUCAUCAUCACCAUUUGACGUGUCUUUCAACUUCCCCCGUUUUACCCCAGAUGAUUUCAUAGGUUUCGCCAACGAUGCCACUAUAAAACACGGUGCCAUCAAACUCACAAAGAAGAACAAAACUGGAUUCCCUCUCCAACACAGUGUUGGCCAAGCAGCAUUCCUCCAACCUAUCCGCAUUUACAACAAAGCCAACGGUAAAGUCGCAAACUUCACCACAGAGUUCACCUUUCUGGUCAACAGAAAUAGCGCAACAAACUACGGCGAUGGUCUCGCCUUCUUCCUCAUGCCACCGGAUUUCAAACUCCCAGAUAGAAAAGAUUCCAGUGGUGGAUUCCUAGGAAUCUUCACUCAUGAAAACACCCUAAUAAAUAAUGAUGACAAUGGUCAUAAUAAGAUCGUGCUUGUUGAGUUUGACAGCUUCAACAACGAGUGGGACCCGAUUGAAGCGUACGAGAUAUCUCAUAUGGGAAUCGAUGUUGGGUCCAUUAAGUCGGUGGCUACUGCGCCAUGGUUAAUUGAAUUUGAGCCUGAUGGAACCAAGGUGACCGCACGCAUAAGCUAUGAUUCUAGGGCUAAGCGAUUGAGCGUGAACGUGUUUUUUCAUGAUAAGGUUGCGGAUUCGAGUUUGGUGUAUGAUAUUGACUUGACUAAGGUUUUGCCAGAAGCGGUUUUUGUUGGAUUCACUGCUGCCACUGGUGACUUGGUUGAGACACAUGACAUACUUUCUUGGUCCUUCAAUUCUAAAUUCUAG